GGGAUUCGCUUUUUCCGUAACAAAAUAGCAAAGCUCCGGAUGUUCCGCAGCCCCGGCCGCUCACGGGUGGAGGGUCCUGGGGCCUAGGACAGUGCUCUGGAGAGGGAGGCGCUGGCGGGCCGUAGAGCGGCCAGGUCGGGGGCCGCGAGGCGCGCGGGGGUGGGCGCUGCAGCCGCGGGUUGUUUAUCCGGAGUACGGAGGGGAGGGGGGAGCCUGGAAACCGCCCCGUGUCCCAUUUCCUCCUCUUGUUUUCGCUCCGGAUUCUCCAUGUUGGACCCAAACUGAGGAGCCCGGAGCUGCUGCCGGGGGAUCGGGGCCGGGGGCACCCGGGGGAGCCGCUGCCCGGGCCGCCUGCCUUCCAUACAGGCCGCCUCCCUUCCCGGCCCAGGGAGGAAACGAGAGCAGGGAUGUGAACAGCUGUGGGAGUCCGAGUCUCGGGAGCCGGAGCCGGAGCGGGCCCCCGCCCAGGCCCCCCAGCCCAGCCCAGCCUGCGCGCCCGCCGGUCCUCCCGCCCAGCCAGCCCGGGCCCGCGGGAUUGUUAGAUGGAACACGGCUCCAUCAUCACCCAGGCGCGGAGGGAAGACGCCCUGGUGCUCACCAAGCAAGGCCUGGUCUCCAAGUCCUCUCCUAAGAAACCCCGUGGACGGAACAUCUUCAAGGCCUUUUUCUGCUGUUUUCGCACCCAGCAUGUUGGCCAGUCAAGCUCCUCCACUGAGCUCUCCGCGUACAAGGAGGAAGCCAACACCAUUGCUAAGUCGGAUCUGCUCCACUGUCUCCAGUACCAAUUUUAUCAGAUCCCAGGGACCUGCCUGCUCCCAGAGGUGACAGAGGAAGAUCAAGGAAGGAUCUGCGUGGUCAUUGACUUGGAUGAAACCCUUGUGCAUAGCUCCUUUAAGCCAAUCAACAAUGCCGACUUCAUAGUGCCUGUAGAGAUUGAGGGGACCACGCACCAGGUGUAUGUGCUCAAGAGGCCUUACGUGGAUGAGUUCCUGAGACGAAUGGGGGAACUCUUUGAAUGUGUGCUCUUCACUGCCAGCCUGGCCAAGUACGCCGACCCAGUGACGGAUCUGCUGGACAGGUGUGGUGUGUUCCGGGCCCGCCUGUUCCGGGAGUCCUGCGUGUUCCACCAGGGCUGCUAUGUCAAGGACCUCAGCCGCCUGGGAAGGGACCUGAGGAAAACCCUCAUUCUGGACAACUCGCCCGCCUCUUACAUCUUCCACCCAGAGAAUGCGGUGCCCGUGCAGUCUUGGUUUGAUGACAUGGCAGACACUGAGCUGCUGAACCUGAUCCCGAUCUUUGAGGAGCUGAGCGGAGCAGAGGAUGUCUACACCAGCCUUGGGCAGCUGCGGGCCCCUUAGCCUUCCCUGCUUCCGAGCAAUGGCCCUCCCAGUAGGGGACUUUCCUACACUGUGCCUUUAUGAUCAGCCUGAUGGAGCAGAAGCUGGAGCAUCUCACCAAAUGGGGCCUGGAAAAGAAGUGAUUGGAAAGGGCUUUAGGAUAGAUGCGAAGUGGGCACAUAUCAGACCAACGACACCCAGAGCGGCCUGCUCCCUGAGUUGGGUUCCCAAAUGUGAGUGUGUGUCUGUCUGUCUGUGUCUGUGUGUCUUGCCCUGAGCUGUGGCCCCAGGAUGUAAGUGUUUAGGUGGAGGGAGAAACUGAGAGAUCGAGACUCCCCAAGUUAGUCUGCCUCCUCGCCAGUCACCCUGAGAACCCCCGAACUGGUAGGGGUGGAAACUGUCGAAGGCUCUGUUGCCAAACCUAUGGCCUUUCCUCGGUGUUACAAGGCUCAUGCCAAGGAGAAAGGGCGAAUCAGAGGUUGCCUUCAGGUGGCCCAGGCACACCCCUUUCUGAAACCUUGCUCCAGCCAGCUACUGCAGACCGAACGACAUUUCUAGAAAGGUGAGAGCUUGUUUCCAGAACCAGCAGCCCCAGCGGCCACCAUGUCCAUGGUCUGAGGGCUGCCCUUGCCUCCAGUCGAGUGCCUGGCAUGGGCCCCGUCUGUGUCUCCCCACGGCUUGGGCGCCGGGCCUGCCUUCCUCACCACCUAGCCAUAGUCUUGAACCUGGGGGGAAGGAGGUCUUCUCCCUGCCCUGGAAGAAGACAGAUAACAUUUCCGUUCUUUGGACUCUGUUUUAAAAUUCUCUUUCUAAACAUGGAGUGUUGGGCCUGUUCUGUUUCUGACAAAGCUGCAGUCCCGGGCCUGAGAUGAAUGUGGGAGGCCCUGGUGGUGCGGGUGGGGGGGGGAGAACCCCCAAACCAUGAGUGUGUGUGUCCCCUUGGCUUAUAGAUGAGCUGAGCAUGGGACUGCGUCCCUAAGUCUGCUCUUCAGGGAUUCUCUGCUGGUGCUGGUGCGAGCACUUCUGUUCCAAAGUCCAGGAAGGGCGCUCCGAGCCCGGCCCCUCCUGUUUCUUGGGCAGGGCUCGUUCCUGUUGUCUCCCCCAGGGCCUGGCCUGUGCCUCUCAUGCCCUGCUCCUGUCUGGUCCUCCCGCGCUGUUGCUUUUCUGCUCCAGGGCCUCAGAGGCGCUCCUGCUUUUCCUGGGCUCAGGGCAGUGGGCGUUCUCAUCCUUUCCUCUGCCACCCUAAUGCACAUGCGUCCUGCCUCCCGUAGCAGGUGUGAGCAAGCCCUUUCCACACCUGCGCUUUGUGUGUCUCUUGCUUUCAGAGUUUCAUAGUGAAUGCUUUCAAAAAUUGCCACAAGAUGGAAGUUUCCUGAGGAUGGAAAAGGGGAAGUGCUGCUGUAAUUGGGAGCACAAGGGCCCCCCAAAAGGGAGCCCCGCCCCAGCAUCACUGCCUUAAUCAUGGCCUCCCCUGGGGCUGGCUGGGGUUCUCUCCUUUUCUCCCUCCCUCCCUCCCUCCCUCCUUCUGGGGCAGGAGGCAGUUCCUCUCCCCAUCUCUGCUUUUCCUGGAGGCAGGGGUCACAAAGGAUUUGUGAGUCGCUUCAGGUGUGAGGACACCCCCCCCCCCACUCAGGACUCAUCCCUAUUAUCCUUUUCAGCGUCCACACCCUGGUCCAGCCCGAGGAAUUGGCAGGUGGUGGAGCGGCGGUGUGGUGUUCUGAGACGUAGUGGGCUGACUGGCAUCUUUCUCUAGCUUGUGGUACCACCUCCCCUCCUUGUCCCAAGGUUGAAUGGCCUUGUCUUUCCCAUUGGUGUCACAGAAGUGGAACAGAGUCCCCGAAGCACAUGUGGUCAUUUCCCCCAGUAUCAUUCCCUGGUGCCCCUGGGGUCCUACAGGCGAAGGAAGAGGGCUCCAGUGCUAGCCAGGAACGAACGGUACCUCCGAGGGGAAAUGGGAGCUUCUGAUUCUAAGGCCCUGUCUAGGCCUCUGUCCUAAUACCUUGGAAGGGGCCUCUCUCCCUAGCCCCACCCUAAGGGUUAGCCUCUGGGCCAAAUCUGCCACCUGGGCCCAGCCAAGCUUUUCUGACUAAAUAAGCAAUAAGGCGCUAAGCUGAUCCAGUUCUCGGACCCUUUCUGCCCUCCCUUCGGUCUCCCAUGUUUUUCCCGGUGAAGGAAGAGCGUGUGCCACCCCCUUUCCUAUUAGGCUCCUCCAAAUGCUCCGAGUGUGACUCGUGACCAGGGCCCAGGAUAUCUCGGUGGGGGGGUGUCACUGCUGCUUCUGCGUGAAACCCCUGCUCUCUAGGCCUUGUUCCCGGCAGAACCCUGCCCUGCCCACCCACAGGUCCUCAACAGGAAUACCCUAUUCCCUCUUUCCCCCUUCUCCCGCCUUGGGUGGAGAAGGAACUCAGCCAAAUAAACCUAAACAGGGUCCAUCUAUGUGGACCAGAGCCAGCCUGAAGUGAUUAUUUGCUGUCUGGUUUCCCGUUUCACAGUGUGUUAGGGGCGAGUGUUGAUUGCCAAACUUGCUCCUCAGAGGAAUCCGGCCAGACUCCGUUUUGGAGGAGGGCAAGCUUGGGAGGGAAGCAGUUUAGCCCAGGAUCUGUUCUGGGGCUUCCCAGCAGCCCUUCCCGUUGGAGGCUGUCCUUAGGAGGCAGUAGGCCACUGUGCCUGGUCAGCCCCAACUCAAGCCAUGCCCAGAAUCUGCCCACCGGCCAGCUUCAGUUCUUCAAGGUGCCUCUUCAGGGACACAGUGUGUCUCUCUGAUUGGGCUUCUAAAUCAAAAGCCUGAUGUUCGUGUCCCUCUCAUAGGGGGAGCUUGGGACACAGGACCAGUCUGGAAACAGUCAAGGGGAGAGUUUCCACUCUGCACAUUGUAGAGGGGACGCUCUGUAGGCACGUGGGUCCUUGACUCUAGAGAGGUUGAGUAAAUUUGCCUUCAGUUAACCCGGGACCUUCUGUUUAGUUCCCUCCUGCCUCCCAAAGAUUUUGACCAUUUUGUAAGUAUAUAAACUCACCUCUGUGAACAGUGGCCCAGAAGCAUCUUUAUGCUAAAAGCAUGGGAAGUCUAUAAAGGCAGUCAUUCCCUGGGAGAUGGGUCCCAUUCAGAUCUGCUGCCCCUGCCCCUGUUCCUGAGGCCUCAUUCAGGAUGGCAGACCCCACAUAAGGCUGGCCUGAACCCCAUGUCCCAGCCAGGCCGAAUGUCUGUGGAAGGUAAGCCCCUUUUCACCUUCAGGUCUUCAGUUGGUUACUGUUGUUGUUCCUCGGUUACUUUUUGUAAAAUGGGGUUAGUUUUGUCUUUUUUUUUUUUUUUUUUUCCUUUUUAAAUGCCCAUAAGUAUUUGCAUUCAAGCAGAGGAGGGAAGGCAGGGGUGUGCCCUGCUGUCCCUUGCCCUGCUGUAGGGCUUGCCCCCAGAGCAGACCCUCCUCUUUGGGCCCCAUGAGCUUUGCUUAUAGUUAUCCCAAGUUUGACACAUUCCAUGUCCUGCCACUUUCCCCCUCAAGAUGCCAUUUGGAGGGCAGGGGAUCUGCUUCCCACUGUGACUGGGCUAUGGGGACUCUGACGACCUUGCUUCCAGAUUCAUGGUUUGAUAAAUUUGUUGUAUUCAAAAACUUGAAAUGUAGGACGCCAUUAAGUGUCUGUUUAUAUUUUUGGAAUAUUUGUAUUACUUACAAUUAAUAAAAGCGGGUUUAAAAAAACCCAUCCAGAAACGGGAA